GCCGGCAGGCAGGGAAGUGUCGUAAAGGCGGGCCCAGGAAACUUUACCCGGGGUAACAGCUCGGCGUUUUACGGCGGCGACGGCGGUGCGGGGAUGGCGGAGGUACCGCCCGGGCCUAGCAGCCUCCUCCCUCCACCCGCACCUCCGGCCCCGGCGGCGGCCGAGCCCCGCUGCCCGUUCCCGGCGGGGGCCGCCCCCGCCUGCUGUGGCGAGGACGAGGACGACGACGAGGAGCGCGAAGGCGGCCCGGGCCCGGCGGCGACCCGGGGGCGUCCGUGCCCCCUCUGCCCGCCGCCACCGCCGCAGGACCCGCCGCAGCUCAACGGAUUGCUCGGCCCGGACCUGCGACACCUCCGGGCGGCCGCCUCCCGCAAGAGCAAGGUGCUGGCUGCAGCCGAGGCGGCCGGCGCCACGGCCACUCCCGAUGGGCCCCCCCCAGCGACUGCCUCGACUGGGCCCGGGGCGCGUGCGGGCGACAGACCCGCUCACCCGCCGCCCCCCCAUGCGAGAACUGCGCUUCCCAGCCCGGCGGCGGCGAGCGACCCCGCGGCGGCCCGCAACGGACUGGCCGAGGGCACGGAGCAGGAGGACGAGGACGAGCAGGUGCGGUUGCUGUCUUCGUCCCUGAGCGCCGGCUGCAGCUUGAGGAGCCCCUCGGGCAGGGAGGUCGAGCCCGGGGAGGAUCGGACGAUACGAUACGUCCGAUACGAAUCCGAGCUCCAAAUGCCCGAUAUCAUGAGACUGAUCACCAAAGAUCUGUCUGAACCUUACUCCAUUUAUACGUAUAGAUAUUUUAUCCACAACUGGCCACAGCUGUGCUUCUUGGCCAUGGUAGGGGAGGAAUGUGUAGGUGCCAUCGUUUGCAAGUUGGAUAUGCACAAAAAGAUGUUCCGCCGAGGUUAUAUAGCCAUGUUAGCCGUGGAUUCCAAAUACAGGAGAAAUGGCAUUGGUACUAACUUGGUUAAGAAAGCUAUAUAUGCUAUGGUUGAAGGAGACUGUGAUGAGGUUGUUUUGGAAACCGAAAUAACAAAUAAGUCUGCUUUGAACCUUUAUGAACAUCUUGGUCUUGUUCGAGACAAGAGGCUGUUCAGAUACUAUUUAAAUGGAGUUGAUGCACUGCGACUCAAACUGUGGCUGCGUUGAGAAACUGACGUUGAGGAACAACUUCAACCACACGGAGUCGACCUUUGCAUGCAAUGCAAUUUGCACAGAAUUGCUUUGCAGGUGGAUUUAGUAAUUCCCAUGCAGCUCUUACCUGUCAGUGGCUCAUUGAGUGUCGCACAAUAUUUGUUGCACUUUGGCAUGGCGCAUUUGUUCUGAAUUUAAAAAGAUUGUUUUAAACUUCAGGAGUUCUUUUGGUACCAACAAGAUGUGCCAGUUGAUAGCCAAGAAUUGUUCAUUUGCAGUCUGCUGACAAUGUUACUUACAUAGUGACCAUUUAUCACAGAACCAGUAAGUGGAACAUAAUUGUUCCUUUAAAAAGCCAAUGUAGAUUGUAAAAGUCUCUGAGUAUACUAACAUUUCACACAAAACCUGCCAUAGUUUUCUGAAAGUGUUGAGGGAAAAGUUUCAAUUAUAGGUUUUAUUUUUUCAAUAUUAAAUUUUCCAUUCUUAAAUUUUGGUACCUCAGUGAUUAGGGAAUGAAAAAAAUGUAGGGUGGGGUAUGUCUUACAGUGAGUAAAGAUAAUUAAACUGCGUCUGCCAGUGCCUGUGUAGAUAAGUAUAUUUGUCUUCAUCUCUAGUUUUUGAAUGCAUGCUGUCUUUUUUCUUUAUGGCCUUUGCAAGCAAAUUUUGUUUUUAUUUAAAUUCUAAAUUUCAUAAUAAACUAUUUCAGAUUUUUAUAAUUUGGAUACUAUUUCCAGGUGACAGUGAUUCACCUUAGAAGCCCCUUUUUUCCUUACAGUAGGAAGUUGAAUCUGUGUGGAAAAUCUUUGAGGAAUGCCUCAAGAGGGAUGAGAAAGGUUGAUGGAUCUGGGAAUUGCUGGGUUUUGGAUGCACUUUUUUUUUUUUUGAGAGCGAGGAAACUUUCGAAAAAGAAUAGAAAACUAAUGUAAAUUGGUAUGAUUUUAUUUAAUCAAAAUUAUUGCAACAGCUUUUAUAAAGUAGCUAGAAGUAUUUUCCCCACUUGAUUUGGAUUCACAUUGCUUCCAUUUCUUGAAAUGCUUCACUAAAAAGUUCAUGGUCUUCAAAAUAAAUUUCAAGGUGCAUUGUAUCCUUUUAAGCUGCUUUUAUUUUCUUUUCACUUGUCUGAACAGAUUCUUGGGGAGAGCUUUGCCUUGUUCCUCCAGAAAAACAAGGGAUAAAGGAAAAUCUUUUUAAUGAGUUCUUUGGGUUUUCAGCCACCAUGUUUAAUAAUUACAUUGUAUUUUGGUUAAUCGAUGUAGUGCAACAAAUUUGAGUCAGCAAACCUAUGGUGGAUAACUUAUUUAACUGGAAAACCUAGGUACCCAUAAGAAAAGAGCUAUUCUCUGUGAAAAGAGUUUUGUAGGAAUGUGUUGUUGUUGCUGUUUGCAUUUGAAUAUGCUUUACAUCUUCUGUAGGAUUUGGUUUGAAUUUUUUGUGGCUAUAAUUACUGUAUUUUUAAAAAAACCCUACCUCCAUUAACAGUUGGUAAAGGCCCCUUUUCAGGAAAGUUUGUUGCUUUUGUUUUUUUUUAGGAAAGCUGCUCUUUGCUCAGUAAAGUGUUUUGGAAGUGAACAUGGUCAUCACUUUUAAAAUAAAGAUACACAAUUUAUAUUUGAUGAAAAUUAAACCUUCCUGCUGUGGUGGGAUCAUUUAUAAUUCCUUAUUUUAAAGAAAACCUUUUCUUUCCAUUUUAUAUUGCUCUUUAAAAUUUAAUGGGCAGAAUACUGGUUAUUAAAAAUAUGACCACACAGUACUCAGCUUUUCAGCUGACUGUUUUGUGUCUGUUUUUAAUCUGACUUCACUGGGCUCUACCAUUUAGAAGAAUACCAGUUAUAAUGCUUCUCUUAUUUUUAAUAUGAAGGAAACUAGCUAAAACAUUGUUAUUUAUGUCAUCACAUUUAUUUCACACCUUUAUUUGACUUGUUGGUUAAUAGGUAAUGAUCGUGAAUACACAUUUGCUUGACUCAGUAAUGGGGACAGUUACAGAUACCUGCUAGAUUAUCAGUUCAACCAUCUUAGUUUUUGUCUGGUUGUCAAACUAGCACCACUGAUCCUUAACCCCAGAAUUGCUGGAUCAACUGUUAACCCGAGCAUUGGUAAACAUAACCUUUACUGUAUGACUAGAAGCUCAGUGACUGCCAUAUUGUUCUAUUGGUGUAUGUUGAGUAUCAGUGUACACCUUACGCCCUUAACUGGAUGUGCAAAAAUACGUUUACCUAAAAGUUUAACCUCUACCAAUGAUAAUCCAGCACCAAAAUUGAAAGUAUCCAUUCAAGUCAAAAUGCAUCACACGUUAAUAUAUAUUUAGGCUUUAGUUUUUCCUAUUAUCAGCUUAAAACAAUUUCAUGUGUAAUUGAUAGAGUGAGUUCACGUGGCUGAAACGGAGUGAAGCUGGUGCGGCUUCCUUUGAACAGGGCGCUGCCUCUCUAAGAGUGACCGCACUGCUCAGCGACACUGCUUUGGCAGGUGGUAUUGCUGAACCUUUGCACACGUGCUGUCAUGAAGCUAUAUAGGUUAGUAUCGAAGAAGCUAAUGGGUAUACUACCAUUUUUCAUGUGUGAGCUGACUAUAAUUUUUCCCUAUAUUGGGAUGAAACUACUUUAGAGAAGUUCACAGAUCAAACCAGACAUUAGUUUUUGAAGUUGAAGCCAGCAAAAUAAAAAGAAAAAAAAUUACUAUUAAAAAAUUGGUUUUAAUGUUUUCUGCCUCUGUUCUCCAAAUUAUUUUCCCCAUUUGCUUGACAAAUCUAUUUUAAAGGAGUUUGUCAUGUUUUAAUGUUACCUUGCCCUGUGUUACAGUAUCAGCUGACAUGUGUAAGACUAGAUGUGUAUAUUUAUUACGGUGCCUAAAAAUCAUGAAAUUAAUCAUUUUCCAGGAGCAUAGAUAACAUCAAAUUGGUAGUGUAUCAGAGUGAGUUUUCAGUGCACCAUGACAUCUCCAAAAUGAGUGCUAUAAUGUUAACAGGGCUUUCAGGUUUGUAAAAACAUAAAUUAUACUGACGUCAGAUAUGAGUUGAAUAUAUAAAAUAUCACGUGUAUUUCAAAAUACUGGACUGCUGUUUGAUGACUGGAUAUUACUACAUAGUUUUUUCCUCUUGUCUCGUACCCUUCGGAGAGAGAUUUAGUGGGUUUGAAAUGUGCAAGCUGUCUAAGUUGCAGUCAAAUAAAGUAUGGUUAAGUUGUGUUUGCAGUUUUCUUUGAGAUGCAGCUGUGUGCAUUUUGAUUGGGUUGUUUUGCUUUUACCUACUCAGAAAAACAACAAGCAAUCUAUUCUGUUCCCCAGUUCUUGCCUCCUAUUCAAGAGUUAUUUGAAGAAGUGAUAAACAGUUGUUAUUCUUUUUGUUCUGACAAAGUAAAUCUGAUUUUAAGUAAUCAAAGUUAGUCAACUUUUAUAUUAGAUAUCAGUACAAAUGAGAGCAUUUUUGCAUAGUUUAGACUGAAUGGGUUGCUUUUUGGUUUUGGUACCGGGGAUCGAACUCACGAUCUUGUGCUUGUGAACUACCACAAGUGGCAUGGUGCCACUGAGCUAAAUCACCGGCCCUGUUUUUUUUUUUGUUUUUAAGUCCUUGUCCCAUAGUUUAUUUGUAAGACAGGUUUUUUUGUUUUGGGGGGGGGGUUUGGGUUGUGUUGUUUUGAUUUGAAGUAUUUCUUGUUGGCACAGUUCCUGUGUAAGUGAACUUUUUUCCCUUUGCAAAGAUACUGAGAGGAGUUAUCUAAAGGUCUUCUUGCCUCAUUCUUUUGAGGCACUUAGUAAUUAUGCAUGCUUUCAUAUUCCAAGAUUUGGGGUAUUAGUGGAGGGAUGAGAGGAUCUAUUUUAAUCAUAUGAUUACUGAAUUACUUGCAUCAUGCAUACCAAAUAUUCGCUGUGUUCUCCAUAGUAAUGUAGAAAUAUCUUGAGUUCAUGUUUUACUUGGGUUAUAUGUAGAAUUAUGUUAAAGUGUUCCUCAAUUCAGUCUACAUAAGAUCCAGGAAGUUAGUAAUAUUAGUUCAUAGCUUAUUAACUAUUAAUUUGUACCCUAGAGGUGUAGUGAUGGUCUUUUUAUAAGAUUUGUAAAAUAGAGGAAUUUUUAAAAACAUCUCAUGAGCAUACAGCACAGUUGCACUUUUUAUGAUGAUGGAUACACUUUGCACUCCACUAUGUUACCACUAAUCGUGUAGUUCUGAGCCCUUGAAGUGUGAUUAGUGUGGUUGAGGGACUAAAUUUUUGGUUUGAGAUUAGCCACAUGUGACCAGUGAUUACUGUAUUGGACAGCAUACCUUUAGACACUGGAAAGUAGAUUAUAUAGGAUUUGUUAAAGACACCAUAAUUUAUUAAAAUACGAAAGGUAUCAAAAACUGUCUAAGAGUAUAGCUGAGCUAUUAAUAUUGAUACAGUGUCCAGCCCCUGUCUCCCGCCAGCAGACUGCCCCUAUUGUGUUGUAGCUGCCAGAUAAAAGCCCUUUCAGUUUUAUUGUUGGGAGAUCACUGGGUGGCAGAGAUGCGCAUAUUCAAGUGUCAUCAUUUUAGAUUUAAAAUGCAUAUUAUGGGCACCCCUAGUAGUUUUUCUUCUCACUUUAAAUGAAUUGAAGGUCAUUUCACUUCUAAAUGAAACUGGCAUUUUUGUUUUACCAGUGGUCUAAGGUGGAAUAUGGAGGUUUGUCAUAUUUGUACUUCACACCUUUUUUCCUUUCUUUUUUAAUUCUGGAAGAUUACUUAUGCUGAUGAGGCCAAGGGCAAGUAUUUUUUUUUGUUUCUGAGCAAACCUGAUUAAUUCUGUUGUGUUCCAUGGCCAGAAAAUAUAACCUUGGCCCUACCUGGUCAUCUGGUAAAUUGUAAUUCUUCAAAAGGGGCAGAUUAGGAAUGCUAAACGCCUGUCAGAAGGGUGCCUGGAUUGGCCUGUGAGGAGUUCAAAACAUGUUCUGUGGAUAGCAACUCAAGUGUCUCACCAUCAUAAAAGGACUAGAAAUAACAGGGACCCCUGCAGUGCCAAAACUUAACUUCUACCACUUUAGAAAUUUAUAUAAUCCAGGGAUUAUAAUGAAAUAUUUCUCAGUGUAAUUAUAUGUUUAAGAUGCUAAGAAAUAAGCUUUUUUUACCUUGAUGAUUUUUUAUUACUACCUCUUUGCUGUAUGAAUCUAUCUUAAUUUCUAACACCUCAUUUUCCCUGGAAUUUGUAUGUACAAUGUGUAAAUAACCAUAUGCUAGGGAAAGGACAUGACUUAAAUUGUAUAAAGACAUUUGUUGAGUGGAUUUGUUACAUCUUAACACCCAUAGACUUUCUGGUUCCCUUGGUAGAGGGUUUUUAGUAAACAUGCUUUCAUUUAGUGUGAGAUUUGUAUUCCAAGAAGUGUGUACCAUCAUUUGUUCAUUUACAACUGCAAUGUUUGUAUGUCUUAAUGUUUACUUUUCAUGCCAAAGAAACAGACUGUUCCAAAGCCAGCAGGUUGCACAAAUUGAAAAAA